GCGCUAAUACAACACGCGGUUUGUAAGUUUUGAGUACGAGUGAAUUUAUUUAAGGUUUUAGCUGUGAAGUUAAAGUGUGGAAAAAUUGAAUAAAUAUGAAAUUGUAUUGUUUAAGUGGGCAUCCAAACAAAUCAUGCAAUGUUUUAAAAUUCAAAAACACCACCAUUAUGUUAGAUUGUGGUCUUGAUGCAAUGUCAGUUCUUCACUUUUUGCCACUCCCUCUUAUUCCAAGUUCUAGAUUAGCUAAUCUUUCAACUUGGAUACCUCGCAAUUCUAAUGAUGCUCAGUUAGAAGGAGAAUUAAGAGAAUGUGCCGGAAGAGUAUUUAUUGAUAGUUCACCAGAAUUUUGCUUACCUGAGGUUGGAAUUAUUGAUUUUUCUGAAAUUGAUGUCAUAUUAUUAUCAAAUUAUCAAAGUAUGAUGGCUCUUCCAUACAUUACUGAAGGAGGUGGUUUUAAUGGAACUGUCUAUGCUACAGAACCAACUUUACAAAUAGGAAAGCAAUUUAUGGAAGAAUUAGUUAAUUAUAUUGAAAGAACACCUAAAAUCAAAGUGGCAAAGAAAUGGAAGCAACCAGAAAUUUUAAAAACUUUACCUCCACCUUUUGAUUCUAUAAAACCAAGAACAUGGAGACAGAUUUACACAAUGAAAGAAGUUAACAGUAGUUUAGCAAAGGUCAAAGUUGUUGGUUAUGCUGAAAAAUUGGAUAUUUACGGAGUCUUAAAUGUUUCUGCUGUAAGCUCAGGAUAUUGUUUAGGAAGUUGCAAUUGGAUAAUAAGUAGUAAUCAUGAGAAGAUUACUUAUAUAUCUGGUUCGUCAACUUUAACUACUCAUCCAAAACCAAUGGAACACACUCCACUUCGUAAUUCGGAUGUUUUAAUAAUGUCUAGUUUGACUCAAACUCCUUUAGCUAAUCCAGAUAAUAUGCUUGGAGAACUCUGUAUAACUAUAGAGUUGCAUUUAUGGCUCUCUCAAAGUAAACAGUCUAAAGUAUAUUUACCAGAAGAGCCAUUUCCUCAUGCUCAGUUAAUUCGAAAUGGGAGACUAAAGCAUUUUCCAAGUAUUUGUGUUGAAAAUUUUAGUACUGAAUUUCGAACUCCUUGCAUUGUUUUUGCCGGUCAUCCAUCUUUAAGAUUUGGAGAUGCAGUUCAUUUUAUGGAAUUAUGGGGUGGCUCUUCUAAUAAUAUUGUUGUAUUUACAGAACCAGAUUUUCCAUAUUUGGAAGCUGUAGCCCCUUUUCAACCAUUAUCUAUGAAAGUCGCACAUUAUCCAAUUGAUACAAGUUUAAGUUUUAAUCAAGCAAAUAAAUUAAUCAGAGACUUGAAACCGACUCAUUUAAUUGUCCCUGAACAGUACAUUGUUCCUCCGCCUCUACAACAUCAUAGGACAGAUUUAGCUUUGGAAAGAGAAUUUCCUAUAAUAUCAUAUAAAAGAGGCGACGUCUUGCAGAUUCCAAUUAAAAGACGCUAUGAGAGAUUGUAUAUGGAUGCCGAGUUAGCAGCUUCUUUGAUGCCAACUGAAGUAAAACCAGGUGUUGCCAUGAUGACCGUAACAGGUUUAUUAACUGUUAAAAAUAAUAAAUAUAUUUUAAAGCCUUUGAUACAAUCAAAUCAAUCUAAAAAAAGGAAAAAUGAAGAAGAAUAUGGCUAUCCUUCCAAUUAUGCCUGGGGAACAUUAGAUGUGCCUCAUUUUUCCCAAAAAUUAACAAAGGCUGGAUUUGCAGAUGUAAAACUUGAAGAAAGUCCUAAUGGCUAUAUUGUUCAUAUGCAACACGAAGAUACAUUAAUUCAAGUGGAAGAUCACUCCACUCAUAUUAUUUGUCAAGGAGAUUCUACAAUUAGGACCAGAUUGAGAGAUUUACUCUUGCAAUGUCUGAAGAAGUUUUAAUUAUUUUAAUGUUAACGAAGACAGCAAGAAUUAAUAAUUUAUUUAAAGUAAUAAAUUUAUUUUUUUAUAAAAUUUGAAUGAAUUUCUUCUUAUGAUUUUGGAAAGAGCAUAUUUAUGACGACGUAUUUAGUUAUUGUUUAAUCUAAUAAACUCUUCCACCCCAUGUCUUUGCAGAUAUAUAAUUGUGAAAUUUUAUAUGAAAAUAGAAAUAUGUGGUUCUUUAGUUAUAAGCAUAAAUUUCUCUGGAGAGAAAAAAAAAUCGCACAAGGAACAUGCCAGUAAUUUACUAUUCCAACUUUACUGCACCAGGAAAUGCAUUUCGGGCCUUCUGCCCCUCCUGGGACCUUUAUUCCAUCUCUCUGACUAUUUUUUAAAAUAACGUUAGUGACCACUGGAUGAAUCAACUUUGUGAAUCAACUGAUAUAUAAAAUUGAAAUUAAAAUAAAGUUAACAUACAACUUUACCUGUAUA